CAAUGUAAUUAAAUAAUGACAAGCCCAAGACGAACUAAAAAGAGUGGUGCUCAAUGUGUGAUACAAUCUCUAGACUGGGACUCUCCUUCUGCAGCCACGGGGACUGUCAAACGGAGGCGGUCCUCGUGUCCAGAAAACUCUUCGAAACAUACAAUCCAAACGUCUGAGGCCAUCUUUGAAGUCCAAACACCAUCGGACUCGGGCAGUGGAACUUCAAGGAGUAUCGAUGGCACUGAUCAAUCUGAUCCUCUUAUAGAAAUAGAACAAAGAAUAUCAAGUAUAAUAAACGAAAACAGAUCUUCUAAAAGUAAUUCAGAGUCCAGUGAUGUAGAUAUUAUUAUAGACAAUAUUUUGGAUAAUAAUAUAGAGGGAGAUUUGUUCGAAAUCUGCCAAAAUGAAGAAUUUUUAUACGAUCAUAGCAAAACUUUCAUCAAAUCACAAGAACCACCUACAAUUAACAAAAAAGUUGACACAUCCGGUACUAAUGAAACAGUUCACGAUAAAAGAACAAAGGAAAGAAAACUUAAAACUCCGGCACCCAUUAAAAAAUUAAAUAAGUCUUUAGAUAGUAUAAAAAUUAGUCCAAAAAUUACUAAAGGUUCUUUGAAAAAUGAAGAUAAGGCUAGUGUGUUGCCUAUUUAUAAAAGUACCAUACAAGGGCCUUCCAUAGAUUUAAGUACAAGCAGUCAAAAGAAAAAAGCUACCUCAAAAUUAAGGCUACCAUUUUCUCCUGUAAAAGCUAUGGAUAAACCAAAAAUUAAUUUCUUUCAAACUAAAAAUAGCAUGGAAGAAAAUAAACCGUCACCACUUUUAUCAUCACCAGUACGAAGAACGAUAUCAAACGAGUAUGUUCGGUUAAAAUUUGCUAAUGAUACAGUAGUCAGACGGACAAUAGAUGGAAAAUCGGUACCAAAGAUCACACCUAAAAUCCAAUCAAUAAUACCAGAAAGCCCUGUUGAUACUGAAGAUCCAUUCUUAAACUUAAGUCCUAAUAAAAAAUAUACUGUAACAGUGAAUAACAAAGUCAGAUGCGAUAAGGAUAAUUAUGUGAUAUUUGAUCCAAGUACAGGAUUUAAUCCCGAAACUAUACCUAAACAAUCGAGAAUUCCUUUAAAAUCACCAAGUGGAGAUAAAUCGCGCAUUCUAAAAUCUCCGGCUGGAGAAAGUUCUGCUAUCACGCGAAAAUCUGCUAGUAUCAGUGAUACUGACAGUGGCAUACUAUCUCCAAAUUCUCCCAUUGAAACAAGUGACAAGAAAGGGGGAUAUUAUGUCAAUGCUGCUGUUUUUAGUGAGACGGUGAAAAAGUGCGCUGCAGACCUGGACAUCAAAAUUCUUCAUCCUGGACUGGCUAAGAAGGCUGCUGAACAAAUAAAGAUCUACACAGAUUGGGCGAACCAUUAUCUGGAGCGGGCGCGGUCCAGGAGACGCGCGGGCGCAUCGGGUGGCGGACUAGCCCGGGACUGUGCUGACGGGUUGCUUCUCGCCGACGUGCUGGAAGGCGUCACUGGCUUGAAGGUGCCUCGAGCUCACCGGAAACCAAGGAACCCUCAGCAAAUGUUGGAAAACGUACAGUGCUGUUUGGACUUUCUCCACGCGCAAAAGGUCCAGGGAUUAGAACAAGUUACGGCAGUUGAUAUACGGGACGCGAAGCUUAAAGCAGUAUUGGCACUAUUUUUCGCUCUCAGCCGGCAUAAGCAGGCAUCAAAACAAAGAACAGUGCCACCUAGCGGAAAUGUUCCAAACUUAGCGAAGAACGCAAGUGAUGACAUAUCUAUAAACUCCGUACAACGUAUAACAGGUGGCAGCAGCUGUGAUGAAAUUUUGACGGCUUGCGGUAAUAACGUCGAAAUGACGACGUUAACAGCUAAUAGGCAAGUGUCUGUGCUGCAGACGUCUAUCCCGCUGCCAGCGUCUGCGGCGGCAGUGCGACGUGCCCCGCCAGACAAACGGCCGCUUCCAGCUACCCCGUUGCAUACAGGGAGCAAAAGUGGACUUUCGGCAAGUUCCAGUCGUUCUACGAGUCCCUUGGGACAAGGGGUGGUUACUUUCAUUCCGCGCGCGCCGACUUCAUCCUCUGGAUCCCGUCCGAAUUCAUCGCUACUUGCACCUGGCAGUAAAAUACCAUCCUCCCUUCAAGCGCAACAACAUUCUCAGACAUCUAAUAAUCAUAAUGGAACACCUACAAAACAUUCUAUGUUGGAUAAAUUAAAAUUAUUUAACAAAGAUAAACUGAGUAGUGAAAAACAACAUAGUAAAAGUACAGCAGUCUCGAAACGUACUAGUUCUUCCAGCGGAUUUUCUUCCGCAAAAAGUGAAAGAUCAGAUUCAAGUUUGAGUCUUAAUGAAUCAAAUACACCGAAUACACAUAUCAAAUCUUCCAAUUUAGUAGGACCUAAAAGUAUAAGACAACAGAACGAGGCAUUAUCAAAAGACAAGUCUGGUAAAAAUGUUAAAUCUAAGUUAACUAAUUCUAAAGCUCCAAAAGAAUCUUCAACGAAUUUAAGUAAAGCUAGUACAAAAACUAGCAGUACAGAGAGGUCAAAGCACAGUCCAAAGCUGCCUUCACGUGAUAAGGAAUCCAAACUGGCGACUCCUAAGUCUAUUAGUAACACAAAAUUAAAUCAAAUUGAUGAUCAUUCAAGAUCUACAAAGUCAAAGUUAGAAUCAAAAAUGGUAAAAUUAUCAGGAAGUCAAAUUAAACUAACUGAACAAAAAUCUGAUGCACCAGAUCAUAAAACUCAAGAAAGCACAUUAACACAACCAAAACAUUCAAUAAGUCAACCCCUAACGUCACCUGGAGCACAAAACUUUGGGAUACCAAACCACACCGGUAUUCCCAAACCCACGGCCGCAGUAAAAGGAACAUUUAAAAUAUCUAAAGAUGAUAGGCAUAUUAUAAGUAAAAGUACAAAUAGUCAAUUAAGUCCUAUACAAAGCAAUUCUAGUUUAAAUUCUACAAACAACGUAAGUGCACUUCCGUUUAAUAGAGAACAAUCUAAUUUAAGUAAAGAUGUAUCUCAAAAACAAACUCUAGCUGUUUCACCAAUGCCGAAUCCAGGAAAUCCUACUUCACAAAUGUCUGAAAGUUCACAUUCAAAUUCUACUCAUAGUACUACAGGGCAACAUUCAAAUUCAAGUGAUAGUAGUGUUAUAUACCGUCCUUCUAGUGAAUCGGGAUCUGAGAUAUCGCGAACUACAAACAAUGUGCCUAAUAAAAGAAUAGAUAUGAAUACCACAUACUUAAAUGAUGUGAUUACUGAAGCUGAGAUCUCCGAAAAGGAAGCGGCACAAAAACGAUUAAAUACUGCUUUGAAACCAUCAUUUGAUGUAAACAAAACUUUGACGGAAAUUAAUAAAAAGCUCGAAACUGACAGUAGAUCCAGCACGCCUUCACAUUGUCGAGAUAAUUCUCUUGGUGAGGAUGAAAAUCCAUUAAUGAAUGUUUUACCUAUGAGGCCGUUACUACGAGGUUACAAUAGUCACUUAACACUACCCAUGAGAACAUCAGGUUUAACACAAAAGAAUAUACCAGGCUACCCUCAUCAUGCAAACACAGUUAAAGCUAAUUUUGGUCGAGAAAAUAUGGGCUUACGAGAACGUAUGAAUUAUGGGCCAGGCUUUUCUAAUCCUGAUUAUUGUGACCUAGAAAUAGCUUCAGGGUAUAUGUCUGAUGGCGAUUGUUUACGAAGGAUUAAUGUGAAUGAAUUAGAAUCUGGAAGAAAUAACGACAUUAUGGAUGGUUAUAUGUCGGAAGGCGGUGCUUCGCUUUAUGGUCGUCGUAUGAAUUACCAGCAGCCAUCACAGUUCCAGCAGCUUGAUGAAAGACGUGCUGGAGGUCGCAAUAGAAGUAUGGAGGGCGGCAGUGGCGUCGUGUACAGAGUAGUUGGCCGCACAAGAAGUAAGGCUGACUGUGCCCAGCAAACUGAACGGCAACCACCAGGACCUCGUCAGGACACCACCUGGAAGAAAUACACCGACUCUCCAGGGGUGGGGACUCCGCCAUUGAGUCAGCCAGCUCAAGCGCCGCCGAGUCCAUCGCAUGGACGCAAGGGGGAGAGGCGGACUGGACACCAUUCUCCACAACAUCACAAGAGAGAGAAACUUACAGCGGCCCAACAGUUGGGUAUCGCACCACAUCCACAGUACCCAACAGUGGCUAAUUCACCUAGUCAACAUUCCUCAAGAAGUGGUGCUGCACAGCUGCAGUCACCCAGUGGUGCUUCAUCUCGUCCUUCCAGCGUCUCAAGUGGAGGUAACGGUAGCAGUUGUUCAGCAAGUAAAGCCAAAGUACCCCAAAACUUCGGAUACGUGAAGAGACAAAAUGGUGUGCAACAGCCUGCUCCUCAAGCCAAUGGUCCGCCACAACAUGGACAUGGUGGACGAACGGCCCAAGUAUCUGCGGUUCCUAGAACGAAAGUUAAAGUAUCAGGCGGUACACAAACAUGUACGCAAGACCUCCAAAUACAUAAAAAUGGAAUCGGUCCCAAAUCAUACUCGCUGGGAGGUACGGCUGCGGCACAGUUGUCUGCUUCUGUAAGGGAGCGACUGCUUGGCUCACAAUCACUACCUAAACCUGGGACCCACGAGUUUGCGGCACUGUUUCACCAUCACAGAAUAACACCAAGAGGAGGAAUGAAGAUCAGUGACGGUAGUCUCUCAGAUACUCAGACGUAUUCUGAAGUGAAAUCUGAUUACGGCAUACCUUACGCACCAUGGCUGCGGCAUAGCAAUACAUACUCGGCGAGCGGACGCCUCUCCGAGGGCGAGUCGAUGGAGUCUCUCACGUCGCUGCACUCUGCGCAGGCGCACAACCACACCUCUUCCCCUAACUCACACCACCGCAGCUCACUCACACACAAUAAGCUCAUCAUGCACCGAGACGCUCAGGGCUCCAGACUAAACAGGAGCAACAGCAUUAGAUCAACAAAAUCCGAGAAAUUGUACCCUUCAAUGCUGCAGCGAUCGUCGGAGAGCGAUUAUGAACCAUACUAUUGUUUACCUGUACAGUAUGGACCAGGGCAAGGUCUAAACUAUGGUGUAUCGGAACCACCGUCACCUUCCCCGCGAUCAGCCCUAAGCCCCACCCACCAGCCCGGCAAUGUGAUGCACACACCAAGACAUUCCCAUCACUACCCUAAGAAAAAUGACGACGUGCAUGGCUCUACUGCAUCGCUGGUAUCGACGGCGUCGUCGCUGGCAGCGGGGGCAGGCUCUGAGGAAAGACAAGCUCAUGAGGUCCGGAAAUUGAGAAGGGAGCUCGCAGACGCCAAAGAAAAAGUGCAUACGCUGACCACCCAACUGACUACUAAUGCACACGUGGUGUCAGCUUUCGAACAAAGCUUAUCAAACAUGACACAAAGGCUGCAGCAGCUCACCGCUACAGCUGAGAGAAAGGACUCUGAAGUAACGGAGCUACGUCAAACGAUCGAGUUGCUUCGGAAACAGUCUAUUCAAGCUGGUCUUACAACGGCUCAUAUGCAGUCCAUGGGCAUCAGAGCCGAUGGUGUCAACGUAACUGGACAGCAGGAUCCCAAUACACAAACGCAACAAUCAUCUCCGCAACGUGUCUCUCAAACUGGCAAUGGCGCUAUCACACGACACCUAUCCACUGACAGCGUAUCUAGCAUUAACAGCCUUAGCAGCGGGUCAUCGAUGCCCCAUGAUAAGAAGCAUAAGAAAAAAGGAUGGCUCCGUUCGUCGUUUACGAAGGCUUUCUCGCGAAACGCCAAGAUUUCAAAGACGGCAAAGCAUUCGUCCCUCGGGCAACUGUCGUCGCAGGACAGCUCAUCCGGCUCGCACCACUACGACGACCCUCACACGAUACGGGAGGGCAGUAACGAGAACAGUCUAGAACAUUCGCACGAGGCUCUUGCUGAAAAUAAGGAAAAGCCGACGUGCCCUGCGGGUAAGACUGAAGAACAGACCAAAGAAAAACCUGACGAGUCGGGGUUAGUGGAUGAGCUCAAGCGGCAGUUGCGGGAGAAAGACUUGGUGUUGACCGACAUCCGGUUAGAGGCGCUUAGCUCGGCGCAUCAACUAGAAAGUCUCAAAGACACCGUAAUUAAAAUGAGGAAUGAAAUGUUAAAUCUAAAACAGAAUAAUGAGCGGUUACAAAGGCUAGUGACGUCCAGAUCCCUAGCUGGCUCUCAAAGCUCGUUAGGUACCGGUGGCUCUGCUGUCGAGGAUCCUAGAAGAUUUAGUUUGGCAGACCAAGCUACUAUGCAUCAGGCUGCCAUAGACAUUCAUUCCCAGCCUUUAGACCUAGACUUUAACUGUAUAACCUCCACGCCCACCAUGGAUUUCUCCAAGAAAGCAUCCCCAAACUCUACAAUGGUCGAACCUAUAUACGGGAAUAAAGCAGCCUGCGACCUCAAUGAAAAAGGCGAGCUACUAGCUCUAAACGGCACGAGUGAUAUGUUCACUAAUGGAUUGAAUACUACAGAGAGAUUGAGUGGAGACUACGAUAUUAAUACGGUGUUACCGCCGCCUAAAAGUCGAGAGUUGGCGAUAGGGGAAAGCUAUUCAGAUAUCGGUGUUGCAGACAGUCAAGGAGACACAGCUGACGGAAAGAAAAUAGCAAUAGCGGUAUAUUUAGGACAACCGGAGACAUUCCAAAGAUAUUUCGAGGAAGUACAGGACACGCUGACAGAAUCAGAGUGUAGAUUUUAUGCGAAACAAUCGGCCAGCGCAUACAAUAACCACUUUGAGAAGCAGCCGAGCUUCGAUUCACCGAGAAUGUCCCAAAAUCAUAGCCCUGAAGUGGAGGGACAAGACUUCCCGCAAAUAAAUAAGUCAAACACGAAUAGCCUUAAAAGCAAUAAGUCUACGCACAGUAAUUCGUAUAAGAAUGUUUAUAACAGUGACUCGACAAUAAAUUGUAAUGAAUUCACGAUUGCGUUUACUUAUAUAUCUGGCAAGACUACUUGGCAAAACUUAGAUUAUAUAGUUAGGAAAACAUUUAAAGAUUAUUUGUCUAGAAUAGACCCGGGGACGAAUUUAGGACUAAACACAGAUUCUAUAACGUCGUAUCACUUGGGUGAAGCGACGCGAGGUCCAGAGAUCGGUUUCCCGGAACUGCUGCCGUGUGGUUACAUAGUGGGGACAGUGAACACGCUGUAUAUCUGCCUGCAAGGAGUUGGAAGCUUGGCUUUCGAUAGUCUUAUACCAAAAAACAUUGUAUAUAGGUACGUUUCACUACUAUCGGAACAUCGACGAGUGAUAUUAUGCGGCCCAAGCGGUACUGGCAAGUCAUACUUGGCAGCCAAACUCGCCGAGUUCUACGUACAGAAAACUCAACGCCGCGGAAACCCUGCUGAGGCUGUCGCUACUUUCAACGUUGAUCGUAAAUCGUGCAAUGAACUGCGCGCGUACCUCGCGAACAUAGCGGAACAGUGUAGCGCUGCAAUCACAGCCGGCGAAGAGGCCGCUCUGCCUUCAGUGGUUGUGUUGGACAAUCUGCAGCAUGCUUCGGCGCUUGGUGACGCGUUCGCGGGGCUCUUGCCGCCUGACAAUAGAAAUAUGCCUGUCAUUAUUGGUACAAUGUCACAAGCGACGUGUAAUACAACAAAUCUCCAAUUACAUCACAACUUCAGGUGGCUAUUAACAGCAAAUCACAUGGAACCAGUCAAGGGUUUCCUAGCUAGGUAUCUCCGUCGAAAACUUUUCUCUUUGGAAUUGCGGCUGGGCCGCCGUGAAGCCGCAUUAGCCGCGGUGUUGGAGUGGCUGCCUGGCGUCUGGUCCACACUCAACGCGUUCCUGGAGGCGCACUCGUCGAGUGACGUCACAGUCGGUCCGAGGCUCUUCCUCGCUUGUCCUAUGGAUCUGGAAGCUAGUCAAGCGUGGUUCGCGGACGUGUGGAACUACAGCAUAGUGCCGUACGCAUCGGAGGCGGUGCGUGAAGGCGUCGCACUGUACGGCCGCCGGCGACAUGCUGCCGCCGAUCCGCUGCACCACGUCAAGUCCACUUACCCUUGGAGAGAGCCCAAUCAUUCACAUACACUAAGAGCAAUAACAGUGGAAGAUAUUGACAUUGAAGAUUCAAAUCAAGACUCUAACACUAAUAACAACCAAGAUCCACUGUUAAACAUGUUAAUGCGGCUACAAGAGGCAGCGAAUUACAGCGGGAACCAAAGCCAAGACUCCGACAAUGCCAGUAUGGACUCAAAUCUCACACACGAUAGCUCUAUGGGCAACGAGCUCUAAAUAUAAACUUCCUAAGAGUGAGACUAUUGUAAUAGCAGUGUAACUAAAUACAAAACACAUUCUUCAAUUGGUUUUAAACUGUAAGCAUCUUGUUUUCGUUGUUUACUUAUACAGCGUAUAACGGAACGAACAUGUUAAGAACUAGCGAUAGUAUUCAUGAAACUGAAAAACUUUUCCCGGGAAUUAUAUUUUAAAUAUGAAAAUACUUUUUUUUUUUACAAAUCGUACAGUUAUGCAUUUAGUAUAAUGUUUUAGUGAUUUUUUUUUCAAAACUGAAUUUACAUUCAUAUUUUGAACUAAGUUUCUUUGGGAAAGAUAUUCAAUUUCAUAAAUACUAUCACUAGAUGGACUGGACCUGAUUAUGCCUGUUCCGUUACACUUGGUAUACCUAUAAUGUUUAAAAAUGUACUGCAAUAAUAAUUUAGGCAUAUACAAAUAAUACAUUUAUUUUGGUAUAUUAUUUUGUUAUAUUAGUGGGCGAAUUUUUUUCUUUCUGUAUAAAGUGGAUAGGUAUUUGUUAAAAAAUAUUUUGCAUUCAUGAUAUGUGAAACUAUACAUUACGAGAAUCUCACACAGAUUUAGUGAUAUAUAUUAGAUAUACAAAUAACCAAAUUGGUAUUUACUGAAGUAAAAUGAUAAUGUCCCUUUUUAUUUCGAGUCGAGCACGAGAUAAUGCUAUAAUUUAAUUGUAUUUAAUUCCUUUAAUUGCAGUACAUUUUUAUAUACUAUGUUAUUGUUAGUAAACAUAAGUGCUUUAUGUCAUCAAGUGUAUGAUCUAAUAUAAAAUGUUCGAUACACUAGCUAUUAAGUUACAAUAUCUAUGUAUGCAUUAUUUGCGUAUGAACUUUAAGCCAAAUAUUUGCCAUAUGUACAUUAUUUAUAUUUAUUUACUUUAAGCGUUUAUUUUUAGUUAACAUUUUGUUUUCUUUUCAUUAUUGUUGAACAAAUUAAAAAAAUAUUAAAUCUAUACAAAUCGAAAGGAUUUUGCUCUGCAAUAUUUGUAAAACAAUCAAAUAUAAGUGAGAGUGUAUAGUCCUUCCUGUUUCCUUUUUGUUGCAAAUUGUAAUUUUUUAACGUCAAGUUAAAAUAUCUACACGUAUUCGUGAGUAAAUCAACGACAGUGCCUAGAGCGAUAUUUUUUCCAUGUUUAUGAAGUACUACACAAACAUGUAGGACUUUACUGUUUAUAUGAAGCAUGACGGCUUUUACUAUUGUUAUAUUUUUUCAAAGUUAGGAUACGGACCGCAUUUGUAUUAAUACAUGUAAAUUAACAUAUGAAAGUGUAAUUUUUAUACCAUUUUCAUAUUAAAAACUCAUGUACCUAAUAAAUAUUUUUAGGUGUAAAUAAAAUGUUUAAUAUAAUUUUUUUCUAUGCGAUUACACUAACCGCUACUAUGCCAUAUACAGUAUAGCGUUACUUUUGUAUAGAAAUGCGUAAGGACUGCGUUACAGUGUAUUGUAUGGAUUGACUUGUGUGCAUAACUGAAACGUGAUAUCUACAAUCUAUGCUUUACUGAAAUGUAAAAUAAACAUUGAUUAUAAAAGUG